UCAUGUCUCUCAGCUGUGAUCUGCUCUGAGUUCAUGGCCUCUGAUGGGUCUCCAGUCAGAGAUCCUCAAGAGAAGCAGAAGAAGAAGAAGAAAGAGGAGCGGAGCGGGACGGAGAGAGCUGAUGUGGAGGAGACAGAUGGUCAGCAGGAGAUCCAGAGACUGACCGCAGCUGGACAUGCAGCUCUGCAGAGCGGUCACAACAACACAGCACUGCAGAGCUUCAGGAGCGCGCUUAAGGCUGCCUCCAAGCUCAGAGAGAAGAGCCUGCAGCGCAGGUGUGCGUUUAAUCUGGGUGCGGCGUACGUGGAGGCGGGCGAGCCUCAGAAAGGGCUGGAUGUCCUGUCACGCUCACAGCCGGGCGAGAGAGGCGAGCGCAUCGCAGACCUGCAGUUUAACCUGGCCACGGCCCACGAGGCUCUGGGGGACCGGACACAGGCGGCGAGACACUAUCUGCAGGCCGCACAGCUGUACAGAUCACAGGGAGACGCCGGGGCCGAGGGACACACCUGCGUCAGACUCGCACACUGCCACCUGCUGAGAGAGGAGUGGGACGAGGCUGUAGCUAGCUUCCAGCGAGCCGCUGAGAGUUAUAAACUAGCGGGAAACACAUCUGCAGCUGCGCUGGCACUGAAGGAUGCUGGGAAACACAUGCUGCAGAGCGGCCGCGGCUCGAGCGAUGACAUCAUCAGCGUGCUGACCGACAGCCUGGAGAUGAGCGUGAACAUAAGCGAUCAGCAGACGCUAGGGAAGCUGCUGAGUGACGUGGCUCUGAGUUUCUCUCAGAUGAGGCUGUUCUCUGAGGCGUCCGAGUGUUUCGAGCAGGCGCUUCCUCUGGUCUCCUCCAAACCGCACAGACUGGCUGUGGUUCUGCAGAAUCUAGGCGCCGUCUAUAACAGUUUGGGUCAGUACGAGCAGUCCCUGAGGUUCCACCGAGAGGCAGCGGCGCUCCACGGCUCUCUGGGCAGUCGAGGAGCUCAGGGUCGCUGCUUCAGUAAUCUGGGGUUUGCUCUGAUGGAGCUGGGAGAACUGGAGGAGGCGUGGGAGAGUUACCUACACGCACAACAGGCCUUCAGAGACACCGAUGACCCGUCCGGUCAGUGGCAGGCCUGUGAGGGUCUCGGUGGGAUCAAACUUCAGAUGAAGGAUCCGGAUAAAGCCGCCAUGUACUAUAAAGAUGCCCUACGACUGCUGUGCAAAUGCCAGGACGUGUCUGCUUCAGUGCAGGAGCGUCUGGUCAGUGAACUGAGUGAAGCGUUACAGCAGAAGCUGCGCAUACAGCAGAGAGGACCACAUCAUGACCGCCGACAGCCCCGGACGAUGGCUGUGAGGUCUGAUGUCCAGCGGUGGAGAGAGAUGCAGAACGGAGGAAAAGCACCACCAGACGGGAAACAGCACAGCCGAACCAUCACCUCAUCAGAGACACUCCUGCAGCAGGAGCAAGAACACACUCAUCCUCACAGCACACUGCCAGAGACCAACAGCCCUCAAACAAGCAACAUUGGAUAA